CCUGUCACUCAAACUAAGUUUUAAUUUUAACUCGUGAUACUGACUAUUCAGUGUUUUAGAAAUACCCGAUGACUAUAAAAAGGACUUCUCACGUUUGCUUUCUCCAGGACUGCUGUGAAGACCGUAGCACGUGCAGAUUUGGUUGUGUUAAGAAUCUCCGCAGCCCACGUAACCAGUUCACAUUAAGAUGAGGUUAUAUUUGCUCCUCACCCUGGUUGCCCUGGCCAGGGGGUACCCAUACUUCCAGGAUCGCAUCCCUAACGGACCUAACGUACAGCAUCCCUGCAAGAGUCAUCUAACCUGGGCUGGGGUGGGGCAUUUCAAUGCCCCAGGAGGAGGCAAGAGGAACCCUUUUGGACUGGACUUCAAAGCUGAGGGUUUUAAAUGGACGCCACACCUGUGUGGAUUAGACUCUGAUCAUGACGGGAGGACAAAUGGAGAAGAGCUGGGAGAUCCGGACUGUGUGUGGACCCCAGGAGCCACACCGAGCAGGACAGAGAACAUCUCACACCCAGGUAUCUGCCAGCCCAUUGAUUCGGCUCACUGCCUCGCUCUCCAAGCUGACGACUUCAAGUGUGCCGAGUACAGCUGCCCUUACAUCGAUGCUCCUAACGUGAAGAAGCUUGACUUGAAGUUUCCCACGACUAAAGUUCCAGCAAAGGAAACUACGUACAUCUGCAAAGUCUUUAACGGUCCAACAGACAACCCUUAUCAUGCCAUUGCUUUCGCCCCGAUCGAGGAUAACAAGAAAAUUUUACAUCACAUGUUGUUGUUUGGCUGUGUCGGAGAGAAUAUCCACGAAUCCGAGGUUCACGAGUGUGGGAUGACAGAGAACCAGUGCCUGGAGAUCCUUGGGGCCUGGACGAUCGGCAUGGAGGGGUUCUGUUUGCCCCCGGAUGUCGGGGUCAGCUUUGGGAAGGGUUACUUUACCCACUUCGCUAUACAGAUCCACUGGAACAACCCAGAGAAGAGGGCUGACUAUUACGACGGAUCAGGAAUGUCCGUAUACUACAUGCCUCACAUCCGACCUAUCGAAGGAAGCAGUGUUCUGACUGGUCAACUCAAUAUCAACGUUCCACCAAUGAAAAACGAGGUUAUUCACCAGGGCAGCUGUGCGCCAUUUUGUACCAGGAAACUCCUGCCACACGCCAUCAACAUAACUUCCGCCCUUCUCCAUAUGCAUUAUUUGGGAAUAAGAGGGUCUUUCAAGCAGUUCAGGAACGGCCGUUUGAUCCGGACUAUCGCUGAAGACGACUACUAUUUCUAUGAGUCCCCCAAUUUGUACGUCUUUGAGCCUCCCGUCGAAUUUCUACCGGGUGACGAAUGGCAAACUGAAUGUGUGUACCAGACGGCUUAUGGAUUCCGGAAGCGGAACUACACUAUCUACUAUGGCGACAGUACACAGGACGAGAUGUGCUACACGUUUUUCACCUACUAUCCCAGAAUUCCUAACCUGAAGGCGUGUGAUCAGAUUGGGGAUAUCGACCUCUGUGAAACAUGGAAUCAGCGGGGCUGUGACUGGCGCAGAAUGCAGGCCGUCAGACUAGACGUCAUGUCCAACGCGGAGUACGCCAAGCACUGUGACGUCAUAUCCGGUACUCACUGUACACCGCAAUGUAUGGCUGCUCUACGCCCACUGCUGGACGAUGGCUGCAUGCAAGGGACAUUCGGAUUUUACAUUCGCCAUUCUUACUUCCGCCAAGUCUUUAACGGCUUGAUGAAGGCGAUCCUGGCUUGUGACAAAGUCAUCUCUGGCCCAGCAACAACACUGAGUUCGAAAAUUGCACCGCCUAUCAUAUAAUGUCCGAGAGGGAAAACCGCUCCUGACAGGCUACUGUAUUAUGCCACUCAUAUUUAGCACAGAAUAUGUGUCAAACAUAUUAAAUUCUUGUCAUCCGCUGGAAUCCAGAAUUUUUUCUUUUAUUGAAAUGAAAUUUCGCCUUUAAAACAAACAUAUGGAAUUAUGUAAACUGUGUUCAUUCAUUAGAGUUAAUCCGAAUUCAGAUGACAAUUUCAAUAUCAAUAAUCCCACAUUUGAUUUCUUUCGAAAUUGAACACAUUAUUUGCUUUCAGGUAUAAAAUUAUGGAAGAAUAAAUUGACAUUAUAUACUGCAGCAA